ACAAAAAAGAGAACCUCAUCUUCAAAAUGAUGAUGAUGAUGUUGUUGUUGUUCUUUUUCCAUAGGUAGGUAGUACUUUUCUUCUAUCAGAGAGCAAAACUUGAAACUGCACUAACGACGAUGUUUCUUGAGACCACCGUGGCCGCCUGCUUCCCCGCCAUCCUCGAUAAGAGGGUUGUCCAUAUUGCAGCUUCAUGCAAGCUCCAUCCUUACAACUCCAACUGUGCUCAUCAUAUGCUCUGGGAAAAAUGUCAGAAGUGCAGUGGCAUUCGCUUCACAAGAAGGAACAAACUUGUACCUGUAAAGAAUAGUAUUCGUGCAUCAACGGAGUAUCUAGGCUCAGCUCCAGAUCCUAUAAAGAAAAACGUGAAGUCAUCAUACCAUCCAUUUGAGGAAUUUGCACAGCCAGAGAAUAGUGGAGAUGCUAGGCCUACAUCAGCAGAAACAAGUAGAACAAUUAUUGAGGUCAACAGCAAAGCAACACUCGUGUUCUCGGUUCUGAUCAAUGGUGAAGACCAUGAAAAUGUUGUUUGGCCAGAUGUGCCAUAUUUGACUGAUGAACGUGGAAAUAUAUACUUUCAAAUGAAAACUGGUGAAGAUAUUUUGCAAUCCCUUACUUCAGAAGAAAACUAUGUGCAAGUCAUUGUUGGUGUGGAUACCAUGGAAAUGAUAUCUGAGAUGGACUUAUCAAAUCCUUCAGAAAUUAACUUUGGGAUUGAAGAAAUAGGUGAUGAAGAUGUUGAUGACUAUGAUGAAGAGGAUGAAGAUGAGGAUGAGGAUGAGGAUGAAGACGAAGAUGAAGAAGAUGAUGAUUAUGAUGCGGGAUGGGUAUCUGUUCAUUCAGAUGAUGAUGAACAGGAUGAUUCUGAUGAGGAGACACUUGCAGACUGGGCAAAACUGGAAACUAUGCGUUUUUCACAUCCAAUGCAUUUUGCCAAAACGUUGGCUGAGAUUGCUUCAGAUGAUCCAAUUGAUUGGAUGGAGCAACCUCCAGCUUGCCUAGCUAUCCAAGGCCUUAUAAGACCUGCCUUUAUUGAAGAACAUUCUAUGAUACAGAAGCAUCUAUCUGCCACUCAGACCAGCAAUACUGACAUGAGCGAACGGAUCAAAAGUAAAGGAGAAAACGUUGAUGUGGUCAGGGACCAUGUGCACAAUUUAGAACCACCUAACCAUGAUGCAGCACAGAUGGAGAAGAAUGACAAUGAAGAUAUUCCAAUUAACGAGACUGCAUUUUACAAACUGGAGAUGACUAAGAUCCAACUAUUUACAGCACACGGGGUUCCAACUGUUCUUGAAGUAGAAGAUUACAUGAAAGCUCAGCCUGAUGCCAUAGCACACGCAGCUUCCAAAAUCAUAUCGCGUCUGCAAGCUUGCGGAGAAAAGACUGAACAAGCCCUCAAAUCUCUGUGUUGGAGAUGCAAGGCUAUUCAAGUGGAGGAGGCACAACUUAUCUGUGUAGACUCACUCGGGUUUGACGUAAGGGUUUGUUCAGGCACGCAAGUUCAAACGUUGAGAUUUGCAUUUAAGAAAAGGGCUACUUCAGAGUACAGUGCUGAGAGACAACUCAAUGAUAUACUAUUUCCAGGAAGUCACCAGAAGCCACAAAAAUUGACUCAGACACAUCAAAAUGAAUGCUAAAACUAAAACCUUCAAAAUGUCACAUUUCUUUUAAUUUUGUAUCACUAGUGUAGUAGUGUUGUAUGCCAUUCGCCAAUGAUAGUUCAUAGAGGUAAAAGAAAAAGGAAAAGUAGGCAUGUAUCAUGUAUGUGCCCACCCUGUUGCAUUAAAUUAUAAUUGAAAGUAAUUGCUUUCCUGUGCU